CUCUCACAACCAAACAGAAGAAAGUUUGUAUUUCUCCGUUGUCUCUCUCUCUCAGCUAAUUCUCUCUUUCUCUCUCUUACAAAUCAGUCCAACCAAUCAGACCCCACCAUGGAAAAUAGUAAAGGAUAGCGGUGGAAUUUGAUCUAAACAAUUUUCAAACCAUUUCUGUGCUAAAAUUUGAAAACCCCAAUAUUUGAAACGCAUCUAAAUCUACAAUUUUCAAAUUCAAACGGUGAAACUCAAACAGUCAAACACUACCACUCCACUGCACAGUCAAAGUUCCACUAUGAGAAGGAAUUUGAGUCCUGUUCUAAAAAGAGAGCUUGAAAAUCUUGACAAAGAUGCCGAUAGUCGCAAGUCUGCAAUGAGAGCAUUGAAGUCUUAUGUGAAAGAUUUGGACUCUGGGACAAUUCCUAUCUUUCUUGCUCAAGUUUCCGAGACGAAGGAAGCUGGUACUUUAUCCGGAGAAUUCACGAUUUCGUUGUAUGAAGUUCUUGCCAGGGUUCAUGGAGUCAAAAUUGUUCCAAUGAUUGAUAGUAUUAUGCAGUCAAUAGUUCAGACUUUAGCUUCAAGUGCAGGGUCUUUCCCUCUUCAACGGGCUUGUUCCAAGGUUGUUCCAGCUGUAGCAAGAUAUGGAAUUGAACCUACUACUCCCGAAGAGAAUAAGAGGAAUAUAAUUCAUUCUAUUUGUAAGCCUCUUUCUGAUUACCUCACGAGUUCUCAGGAGAGUUUGAGUUGUGGUACAGCCCUUUGUUUGAAGGCUCUUGUGGAUUCGGAUAAUUGGCGAUUUGCUUCUGAUGAGAUGGUUAAUAGGGUUUGUCAAAAUGUUGCUGUGGCAUUAGAGGGAAAUUCUACUCAGACGAAUUUGCAUAUGGAUUUGGUUAUGUCCUUAGCGAAGCGUAAUGCUUUGAUUGUUGAAGCAUAUGCUAGAUUGCUCAUACAAUCUGGGCUGCGGAUACUAAAUGCUGGUGGAGAGGUUUCAGACGGGAGUUCUCAUAAGCAGUUUGCGGCUAUUCAAAUGGUGAACUUCUUGAUGAAAUGUUUAGAUCCACGGAGUAUUUUCUCAGAGGUCGAACAGGUAAUUGAAGCGAUGGAGAAGUGCCAAUUUGACAAAAUGGCGUAUGUCAAAGGUGCUGCACUUGAAGCCUUGCAAACAGCUAAGAAAGUCGCCAACGACAAAAAAUUGAGAUGUUUCAAGAGUCCUGCCUCGGUACCAGGCUCAAAUUUUAGUAGGAGAGACUAUAUGGAGGGAGAUAGUUCGUCGGGGAAUGGAGACCAUACUCCCACAUCUAAUUCACCGGAGUCAUGUACUUCUCGUAAUUGGAACUAUUCACGAAGAAGUGUUAAUAGGAAGCUUUGGAGUCAUGAAAAUGGAGGUGUUGACGUGUCUCUCAAGAAUGGUUUGUUCUCAAGUGGAGAGGUUCCUAAUGGCUUGUUGGAGAACACUAUGAAUCACAAGUUUUCUAAUGGAGGGGGAGAUUUAACUGAGGAAUUUGCUGGUUUCAACCUCAGAACUCCUAGGGAUGGAAUGUCCAGAAGUACCAAUUCAAGUCCCCUAAGAUCUCGCCCGCAUGUCAAUGUUGACAGCAUUCAAAUAUUUAGCACUCCAAGGAAGCUCAUUCAGUCUCUUCAAGAUGCAAACGACGAGAAUUCAGAUUGUUCUGAAAAACCGAUUAGAAGGUUCAAGAGUCUAUCAGCAGGCAACAUUGAUUGGAGUCCAUCAUCUUAUUCGAAAUAUGACCAUAAUGGUAUUGCAAAUCAUGUCAAGUAUGAUGAUAGCAAAGAGAACGAAAGUUCAUGCAGUGAUGUGGAAUAUGAAGGCAGACAAGAGUCAGUCUCAUCAACCGACGACCUUCCUGGCGAUGUUGGUAUGCAAAGACCUUCUGAGGUUAUUGAAAGUAGAAAUGACCGACAAACUGUUCUCACGAAGAAGCCGCUUCAAAAGACAAAGCAUAAAUUCGCGUGUGGACUCGUAGUUAUUCUUGCAAUGGCUACUACACCUUUACUUUGGAUGAACAGUCAAGAUGAAGGCCAUUUUCUUGUUCCUACAUAAUGUGUUCUUUCAAAUGAACAAAUUAGGAAUCAAGAGAAUUAUGGAUAGGGCUUUAUGAAAGUAUUUAGUCAGUUUUAGUUUUGUGUCAUCUUGAAUGAAUAUCAACAAAGUCCACUAUUGUUGUACAUGGGUCCAAAUUGUGACCAAGGGGAGUACCAAAAUAAGGAUAUCUCUUAUUCUGCUUUAAAUUAAAAAAUUGGUGAACCCAAACGCUAUUAUUAACUUCAUAGUUUUGCAAUUGCAUGACAAUUUGAGGGGAAAAAUAAUUAGGUACAAUUAGACUUUCAUUAUCAGCGUCAAUGGAUCUCUAUGUAGCAUUGUAGUGGUUGUAUCAAAUUAAAUUAAACA